AUGUGCAAGCCGCCACAGUUGGAGAGGGCCGCAGCGUGCUACCUGCAGGCCGGAAAGGCCUCAGAUGCUGCCGAGUGUCUGGCCCAGGCGUGGCUUGUGGAACGGGCACUAGCUGCGUGCUCACAAGCCAGGCUCUACAACCUAGGCCUCUCGCUCAUUCAUUCCUGGCAGGCGCAGAUUGCAGACGGGCUGUGCAGCGUUCUAAAAUCUGCAAGGGAGGACAGUUCUGUGAGUGCUCCCAUGAAAGGGGAUGAUUGGAAGAUGCGGCAGGAGCUGGUCACAGGGCUGAGUUCUGCUUUCCUCCACGACGCUGCAAAAUUCUUCUAUCGGAAGAAGGAGAGGGGCAAGAUGAUGAAGUACGUUCUCCAGUUCCCUGCCGCAGCAGAGAAGCGGCGGUUCUUGGAGAGAAGAGACUUGUUUGAGGAGCUGUUGCAAGUCGAGGUGGCUGAGGGGAACUUUGAGCGGGCAGCCGCAGCGAGACUGAAGAAGGGCGAUAUGUUGGGUGCAGCUGAAAUUUUUGUUCAGCAGAAGAUGUGGGGCAGGGCGUUUGAAUGUGCAAUGGAAGCUGCCCGUGUUGCCGGCAUGUGGGCGAAUGGGAACAACGGGUGGCCCCUGAAUAGCAGCAGCAGCAGCAGUGCGAGGAGGGAGGAAGGUGAGGAUGAGGAAGAGGAGGAGGAGGAGGAGGAUGUGGGUGAAUGCACACGGGUGAACACAGGUGGGAAUGGUUGGAGCUGGAAGUCAGAAGUGAGGAAAUGGAUUAGAAAGGGAGCAGCAGCAGGAGUUGAGGGAGUUGGAGAAGAAGGUCAGAAGAGCAGCAAGGGAAGGAGCAGGAAUGCAUUGGAGCUGGCCGUUGCCAUCUGGCUGACACAGGAGGAGGCAUCGGUGUGCAGGGGUACAGGUUCGGUAGCAGCAUAUGGAGUAAGGGAAGGGAGGAGAGGAUUUGGGAAGGAAGCGGGGUGUUUGGCUCGGAGUGAGCAAGUGGGGAGUGCAGUGCAGGGGGAAGGAGCAAGGGAAUGGGAGAGCGAGGUGGACGCAGAGCAGGGGUUGGAGGCUCUGACCUUAUUGCUGCUGCGCAAGAGGAUUCAGCGAAGGGAUGACAUUGGGGACAUAAAAACAUUGUGGUGCCGGCUGACGGGUUGGGGAGGGGGGCGAAGCAUUGCCGCUGAAGUGCUGUGCAGCUGGAAGGCUCUGGAGCUGAGCCUGGAGAAAUUCAACACCUUUCUUUUGCACACCUUCUCCUCCCUUUCCUCUGCCUCUUCCCUCACAAGCACCACUUCCCCACUGCCGAACACGGAGCGUCUCCCUAGCUGGCUCCCAACGCAGCGCCAUCGACAGGCAGUGCAAGCCAGCCCAGGAGAUUGGUGUAUCGGAGGAGGCGGACCACAGGAGAUACAGCAGGUGCAGCAAGGUGAGAGGAGGAGCGAGGAGGCGACGGAUGAAUCCUGGCCAGGCCUGCUCCAGCAGCUGGGGGUGCUGGUGGGGGAGGUGCAGCGCUGGUGGGGUGAGUGGAGUGAGAGGGUUGUGCAAAUGGUGGCGGCGUUGCAACGGCUGCGCAGGAGGAGGGAGGUGCCGGCAGAUCAGCCCUGGCUAAAUGCAGCCUUCCAUUUGCUUGCCGCCACACCCCCCACUGCCUCCGGUACAGCAGAGGGUGUGUCUACUGCAGCUCAUACUGCACCUCCUGCCUUGGAUUCGCCGUCACACUCCAUCCUGGUGGGUCUGUCCAGUUCUGCCUGGCUUCUGCCCGUGCGUGCUGCUGUGACCCGCCUGCCCAAUCAGGGCACUCGUGGGGAGGUAGCGAGGGAGGCUGCAGCUGAGGCAGGUGCCAUAUUCUGGGCCAGGCAGGUAGCAACGAUGGUGCAAGGCUGCCUGCAGGCCUUGGAUUUAGCCUUGUGCCGGACAAGCAUGGUGUUGCAGCAGAUGGGGCAUGGGAAUGAACUGCUGCAGCAAGGAGUGGGACAGCUGACAGGUCGGGUGACCCAGGGAGGAUUCCAGAUCCAAAAAAAUCAGCAGCAGCAGCAGCAGCAGGGAAGCGGCGAUCGGGACGCGAUAUCUCGAGCAUCGGUACUGCGUCUGCAGUGCGAGUGGCUCGUGCAGUGCCUUGAGAUGCUGGAACGAGCCCUGCAGUGCUGCAAUGGCCGUAGGAAGAGCUGUCAACGGCCCCACAGUCACUUAAAAACUCACAUCUCCAGUGCUGCUGACCGCGCUGCAGAGAAAGUGGGAAAUGACCGAAAGUCGGAGGAGGCACGAGAGCUGGAGGGCGCUGCAAGCAUGUUGGAGAGGCUGCGGGACGGCCUUGCUCGGCGCCUGCUGCAGCAUGUGAUGCCGGUGGGCGCUCCCCUUCCCCGUGACACAGCGCUGCUGGCUGCGGAGGUGCGAGCACAGGAGAGCACUUGCUUCGUGCUGCACUGCUGGGCUCUCAGGCUGCUUGCUCAAUGCGUGGAUGGAGCAACACGUCAGGACGCGGUCACGCGGGUCAAGGAAGGGGUCCUGUGGGGUUCAAAUGGGAUGUGGUCUGACAUGCAGGAGCCUGUGCUUCUGGCUCUCUUGGGUGACUUGCUGCUAGUGCUGCCGCUGUUGGGCCUCCGAUGGGUCCACAGGUACGGCGGGGAGCUGCUGCAGAGGCAGUCCAGCCUGCAUCCUGUGCACGCUGCUGUGCUGAGAGCAGUGGUGCAUGAAGAUGCCGUCCGGUUGUUCCUUGAGCAGCCGCACAGCCAUGGCGCUGCCAUCACUCUUGCCAGCACUGAGUGGGUGGCUGCUCUCCUGCAGGCGCUCCCUAGCCGCAACCUGGGCCAACCAAGCGACGAGGCCCCCGUCCCUCUCACUGCUGCUGUGUACGUGCUUGAAAGGGAAGUGACUUACGUGUGUGCGGCCAUCACCAAGCUCCGAAACUUCAUCAUCCCCACCUCCCUUGCGGCACUCCACCUGGAUAACCACCGCGCCUCUGCUCUCUGCACCCUCCUGCUCCAGUCACCACCGUGCAAAAUCCCUCCAGGCCACGACCAUCAGCUUAAAGCCCAGCUGACUUGCCUGCAUGUGCUUAUCAAGUCCCUUCUUCAGCAGCAAGGCGCAUUACAGCAGCGGAGGUGGUCCAGCUCUGAGGCUCCUGCGCUAUUUCUCCGUCUCCUCACCCUCCUCAUUGCUUCAUCAGCCAAUGGCCAGGAGGAUCAGGAGGAGGAGGUGGAAGAGGAAAAUGUUGAUUUGGAGAAGAUGGAUAAGGAAGAGGGGAUUGAGGAUGUUGAUGCUGUUUUGGGGGAGGAGGGAGGGUAUAAGAGAGGGUCUGGGGACGAGGGGGAGGGAGAUGAGCGAGAGGAGGUGGACGGAGUGAAGAUUGCUGUUCGUGUCACUGCAACCUUAAGGCAGCUCCUUCUAGAGGUAAGCACACCAGUGAGGGGAAGGAAGGACCACGGGGAAGGGAAAGGGGGGUGUGGCUGUAAUGCUAGGGAACGUCUUCAGCAGGAGUUGCCACCACUGGAGAGGAGCCGCAGGGAGGCCAAGAGGGGCCUCAGUGUGUUACUGCAGGCGCGCAGCAAGGCUGUGAGGAAGUUCUACAUAAAGGGGUUUUUGGACCACGCCUCUCCCCUUGAGGUGAAAGCAUCGGCAUUUCUUGCCCUUGUGCACAGCGCUGUGCUAGCCGUGAAGGCUCGCCUCAGCACAGUGCAUGUCUCAUCAUCGGAGGAGCAGGUUGAGAGGGAUGAGCAGUUGCUGGACGCCGCAACAGAUGCUGCAGAGGAGCUCAAGGCUGCCGUGGCUGUACUGAACCAUGCGUAUGUGAUGAAGCACAAGAUGUAG